AUGGCUGCGGCCGCGGCCUCGCAGGGCUGGCAGUGGGGGGAGGCCCGCUCGCUUGGCCGGGCGGUGAAGCUGCUGCGGCGCCUGGAGGAGCAAUGCGGGGACCCCCGGCUCACCUCGAGUCCCCCGUCGCUGCGGGACCUGCUGCCCAGCACCGCGCAGCUGCUGCGGGAGGUGGCCCAAGCCCGGCGGGCGGCCNAGAGUCGCGGGGGUGCCCGGGACUUUCUCAUCGUCUACCUCCACAACCUGGAGGCCAAGAGCAGGCAGGUGGCAGCACUCCUGCCACCCCGGGGCCAAGUGAGUGCCGACGACGAGCUCUUCCGAGAGGGAUCCGUACUCAGGCGACAGCUGGCCAAGUUGGCCCUUAUCUUCAGCCACAUGUACUCGGAGCUGAGGGCGCUCUUUCCCGGGGGAAAGUACUGUGGACACACAUACCAGCUCACCAAGACCGCAGCCAGCACCUUCUGGAGAGAGCACUGCGGAGCCCGGUGUGUGCUGCCCUGGGCUGAGUUUGAGUCUCUCCUCUGCACCUGCCACCCCGUGGAGUCAGGCCCCACAACCCUCGCCUUGCGCUCCACCAUUGACCUCACCUGCAGUGGCCACGUGUCCAUCUUUGAAUUUGACAUCUUUACCAGGCUCUUCCAGCCAUGGCCAACACUCCUCAAGAACUGGCAGCUUCUGGCGGUCAACCACCCGGGCUACAUGGCAUUCCUCACAUACGAUGAGGUCCGAGCACGUCUGCAGGCCUGCAGGGACAAGCCAGGCAGCUACAUCUUCCGACCCAGCUGCACUCGCCUGGGGCAGUGGGCCAUCGGAUACGUGACCUCAGAUGGCAGCAUCCUGCAGACCAUCCCCCACAACAAACCCCUGUUCCAGGCACUCCUGGAAGGACAGAAGGAAGGCUUCUACCUCUACCCAGAUGGGAAGAACCACAACCCAGACCUGACUGAGCUCUGCCACAUGGAGCCCCAUCAGUACAUCCAUGUGUCAGAGGAGCAGCUGCAGCUGUACUGGGCCAUGGACUCCACGUUCGAGCUCUGUAAGAUCUGUGCCGAGAGCAACAAGGACGUGAAGAUUGAGCCGUGCGGGCACCUGCUGUGCAGCAGCUGCCUGGCUGCCUGGCAGCAAUCAGACAACCAGACCUGCCCCUUCUGCCGCAACGAGAUCAAGGGCCGAGAGGUCGUGACUAUCCAUCAGUUCCAAUGGAGGCCAGGGAAAGCCAGGGCCACUGCUAAGGACCCGGGGAACAGCAAUGGCCAGGAAAGUGGAGAAGAGGAGCUGGAGCAGGUGGUCCCCUCAGCUCCCCCUCUGCCCCCUCGCCUGGAUCUGUCCCCUGAGCAUCCCAGAAGUAAAGGCCAGCUGAAGGUGAAACUCUUAAAGGGAAAGUCACCCCUCCAGCUGCCCCUGUGGGGCCCAGGAUCGCUGCCCAGGCCUGGAGGCCAGGGCACCAAGAUCUGCUGCUAA